AUGGCUGGCACACGGAAUUAUGACUUCCUGAUCAAGUUGCUGUUGAUCGGGGACUCCGGCGUGGGCAAGUCGUGCUGUCUGUUGCGGUUUAGCGAGGACUCAUUCACUCCGUCCUUCAUUACAACCAUCGGUAUCGACUUCAAGAUCCGCACGAUCGAGUUGGAUGGAAAGAGAGUGAAGCUGCAGAUCUGGGACACAGCUGGCCAGGAACGUUUCCGAACCAUCACCACCGCCUACUACCGUGGUGCGAUGGGCAUUCUCCUGGUCUACGAUGUGACUGAUGAGCGGUCUUUCCAGAACAUCCGAACCUGGUUUUCAAACGUCGAGCAACACGCGAGUGAGGGGGUCCACAAGAUUUUGAUUGGAAACAAGUGUGACUGGGAGGAGAAGAGGGCUGUUUCCACCGAGCAAGGCCAACAGCUGGCGGAUGAGCUUGGCAUCCCCUUCUUGGAGGUGUCUGCAAAGAACAACAUCAACAUUGAGAAGGCCUUCUACAGCCUUGCAUCGGAUAUCAAGAAGGGCAUGGAUACCUCCAAGAGCGAAUAUGCUGCGCCACCGCUUCAUAUAGACCAGGGAUCGGGCCAGAGUAGCACUGGAGGGAAGUGCUGCUGA